AUGGUUCGCGCUUCCACGCUCUACACCACGCUGCUCACCGCGGCCCUCACCGCCAGCAGCCCCGUCCUCCCGCGCGCCGUCACCGAGCUCGACGACGCCGCCUUCCGCGAGGCGCAGCAGCGCGACGCCAGCGCGACGCGCGCCCUCUCCAACGUGCAGAUCAAGGCCUUUGACGGCCGCUGCCUCUUCGUCGACGCCCUGUCGGGCGACUUCCGCGCCAACCUGACGCCGCUGCAGCUCGCCGCCUGCAGCAGCCGCGCCGGCACCGGCCAGGGCUUCGAAGUCAUCACAAAGGGCACGCACAACGACCAGCCGGGCCGCGCGCUCGUCGUGAGCACCCUGACGCAGGCGUGUCUGAGCGUCGACCCCCGCAGGCCCGCCGACACGCAGGUCCAUCUGUUCUCGUGCGGCGGACGCGCAGAUGGCGGCGGCCAGGUGGCGGACUCGCAGCUGUUUGCCUUUGCGGCCGCGCAGGAGGGCCGUGCGAUGGCGCUCACGCCGCAGAACAGCCCCGGCAAGUGCCUGGUGGUCGCUGGGGACAGGGUUGUCCUUGGGGACUGCAAUGACAAGGACAACGCGCAAAAGUUUACCUUUGGUGGUGAUGCUGGCAAAGACAACGACCGUGGCGCCAACAGCAGCCAGGGCAACAAGAGCACAUCCAGCUCGGCUCCUGCUCGUGAGACACCCAGCGCUGUACUCAACAUCCCUGCAAGACUGGUAAAGUCAGUCACGACGAGCACGCCGCUCUCUCUUCCGUUUUCCACUUCCAGCGAUGCAGUGUGCAGCCAGAAAGUGGUCACCACGGUCGACACAGUCACCACCACCAUGCCAACUGCCUACAGGACAGUCAGCGCUACUGAGACUCUCUCUUCGACCGUUAAUCCCACCGGCACAUCUGCACCCGGCAAAACGGCCGUAGCCAGCGACACUGGCGGGUGCGACAGCAGCAGCAGCGGCGGUAGUCAGAACACUGGCAGCACAGACAAGGACGGCAUCAAUGAACCAGCCGCAGUCACCGCGUGUGGCCGCAACAUAGUCCGGCCCAUGACGGCCGCGCGCCUCGCCGACGGCCAGCACACGGCCAACCCGACCGCCGAGGUGCCCGUCUCGCGCGGCUCCAGCGCAACGCUCAGCCCGACCGCUGCCGCCGCCGCCAACCAGUUCGACGCGACGGCGCGGCGCGUCCUCGAGAGCGUCAACGUGCGCGCCGCCGCCGACGGCCGCUGCCUCGCUAUUGACCCGACCGCCGGCGACUUCCGCCAGAACCUGAUCCCCGUCGGCCUCGCGGCGUGCAGCGAGGACCCGGCGCAAAAAUUCGACGUGGUGACGCGCGGGAGGCACAUUGACGGCGCGGACGGCAAGGCACUGCUGGUCAGCGUGCUGACGAAUGGCUGUCUCAACUUUGACAGUCGCCGACCGCAGGGGGAUACGGUGACGCUGUUUUCGUGCGGUGGUCGUGCGGAUGGAGAGGGCCAAACGACGAUGUCUCAACUGUUCCCGUUUAGCGGCAACAAAACCAUUGUUCUUCAGCCUGCUUCGGAUGACGGCAAGUUUUGUCUCGUCGAGGACAAGGACAGGCUGGGAUCAGCGGGCUGCGACAAUCAAAAAGACCAAGUCUUUGAGCUGGUGGAAGUUCUCAAGUCCACAGCGGAUAAGCUCCUUCGGGACUCGGUCGAGUGGGGCCGAUCCACCAGUUCGUCAACAGCUCAACCAGAUCUGCGUCACUUGCUGGUCAUUCAAACCAACCCAACAAACGCAUCCCACCCGACCAACCAACCCCCAGCAAACGCACCGGACGCUGCCCAAGUCAUGGCUACGCCCGUGGCCGUCGCCGUCCUGGCCGCGGUCGGCGUGCCGGUGCUCACCGCGGGCCUGAUCCUCGUGCCCCGGCGGGGCUUCCUCAAGGCCACGGGCGCGGCGCACGCCGUGCUGCCCAAGCCCGUGUCGCGGCUCGACGGCCGCGACGUCGUCGCCAUCCUGCUGCUCAUCGUGGCCAAGCUGCUGCAGCGCGUGCUGGGGCUCGCCCCGCCGCUCGUGCCCUCGCCCGACCGCCUCGGCUUCGACCUGCCCGCGCUGUCCGUCACGAGCACGCUCGCCAUCGACGACGGCGACCUGCAGCGCUUCGACGCCGCGACGUCGCCCGAGGCCCCGAAACCCGACCGCCCGCCCGCCGACGGCAACAACAGCAACAACCGCUCCCUCCUCAUCGCCGCCCUCGCCAACCCCCUCAUGUCCGUCCUGCUCGCCAACCGCCACCUGCCGAUCCACCCGCUCGGCGCCGUCAACACCCGCAACACCUUUACCUUUGUCGACCCCGAGGCCUGCCGCGACCCGACGCGCGUGCUCGACCCGACGCGCGGCAUCACCGUCUCCGCAUCCCUCGGCGGGCCCGCCCACCCCGGCCGCCGGGUCAAGCGCGGCGUCGAGUUCGAGAUUGCCUUUGAGGUCGCGGCCCUGCGCCGCGGCGACACCUCCCCGACCGUCAUCUUCCGGCAGGUCGGCGCCGUGCUGGCCUACCUGCCGCGCGACACCCAGCCGCUCUACCGGAGCGCCCGCGACGACGACGACGACGACGACCUGGAGCCGGCGUGGAUGUCGGCUGACGGCGAGAUUGUCGAGCUCGGCAUGCGUGCGCCCGCCAAGUGGGCGGCGCUGUGCCGCGACUACAACCCGAUCCACAUGUCGAGCGUGCUCGCCCGCGCGUUUGGCUUCCCGGGCCGGAUCGCGCACGGCAACCACGCGCUGGCGCGCGCCGUGGAGCGUAUCGCGCGCGACCCCGCGCGAGUCAUGACGCCGGGCCUGAAUACCGCCGACAAGGCCGUGCUGCUCCUGUCACGCGGCGACGGCGGCAAGGAGACGCCGAGCGCGCUCGAGGUGCGGUUUCAGCGGCCCAUGGUCCUGCCGGCGAGGUUGGGACUCGAGGUGGCUGACGUCAAGGGCGGGUUCGCCCUGCGCGUGGUCAAGAAUGAAAAGGAGCACCUGACAGCGAGGUGGACGAAGCUGUGA